AAAGAAUGGAGUGUGGAUUCGUUGCUGAUCCUGCACUGUUAACGUGCACGGUGUCGUCUGUAACGUGAACAGUCUUGAUACAGUUUUGAAAAUGAAUUUGCGUUAGGGGCACGCCAUGCCGUGAGUCCACAGAAAGGAACGGCUGCAGAGGAUUAGAAGGAAUAAAGCAGUAGUGAAAGUUUGCUCUCCAGGCUGCUGGAUCUUUUGGAACGCGAUGCUGAGUUCGGGCUCGUAACGCACGCGCGUGGAGGUUUCCCGGUUCCGUUUCAGAUGCGCGUUUCGAUCUGACGUGUCACAGAGAGAAUCUUCCGGCGGACCAGCGUAGUCAUGGAAUAGGAGAAAUAUGACUCUGAGAUCGGAAUUUUCCGCCGUGAAUAACGGACUGACAGCUUGAUUAUGCCGGCCGCUUCUGUAGGAGGAGCAGUGUUUUGUUGAGGCGCGUGGACACGCGCCAGUGAGUAAUGUAUUGCCGCGCGUGCCAGGGAAGGUGUGACCGUUGGUAUUUAAAAAUAAGUUAGUCAGUGUGAGCUGCUGAAAACGCCUCGGGAUACUUUGUUAUAUUGUUGUUCCGAUAACGACAUUGUUCUUACACCAGAGACAUAUAGUAUACACGCUUCACUGGGUGUUAGCACAACUCACUGACUUUCUCAGUGGCUUCAUUUUUUUUUCUUUAAACAAAGGAAAUUGGACGCGGACAUGUUUUUAACUCGUUUUGAAGACGCAAAGGGUCUCGACACAUUUCCAUUUGGCCCAUGUAAUCCAGAGUGACAGAUUCUCUCAGAAACACACAUAGAGUGCUCAGACCUGCUGUAGUGACGUUAAUGGAGGUCCGUUGGCUCCUACUGCAGCUCAGAACCAGCCUGCUGCUCCUGAGCAUGAUGGUACAAUCUGCAUCCAGCCGAGGCGUAUACACCAAUUCAUGGGCCAUUCACAUCCAUGGAGGCAAGGAGGAGGCCCAGCGUAUCGCCCACAAGCACAACUUCAUCAACCACGGCAAUGUGUUUGGGGACUAUUAUCACUUUCAGCACAGGGGAGUUGUGAAGAGGUCUCUGUCUGGCCACCAUGGGGUUCAUGUCCGUUUGCUCAGCGAACCACAGGUGGUUUGGGCAGAACAGCAGGUUGCCAAGCAGAGAAGAAAGAGGGAUAUUUACAGCGAACCUACAGACCCAAAGUUCCCCCAGCAGUGGUACCUAUACAACCCCAGUCGGCGAGACCUGCAGGUGAAAGAAGCCUGGGCUCAGGGUUUCACAGGGAGGGGAGUUGUCAUUACCAUCCUGGAUGAUGGCAUUGAAAAAGAUCACCCAGACCUGAUACAGAAUUAUGAUCCAGAUGCAAGUUAUGAUGUGAAUGACAGAGAUUCUGACCCACAACCGAGAUAUACACAACUGAAUGACAACAGACAUGGGACUCGCUGUGCUGGAGAGGUGGCUGCUGCAGUGAACAAUGGUGUCUGUGGAGUAGGUGUGGCCUACAAUGCCAAAAUUGGAGGUGUGCGUAUGUUGGAUGGCGAGGUGACAGAUGUGGUGGAAGCUCAGUCUCUAAGCAUCAACAAUCAACACAUCCAUAUUUACAGUGCCAGCUGGGGCCCAGAGGAUGAUGGGAAGACGGUGGAUGGCCCUGCCAAACUGGCUAAGGAGGCUUUUCUGCAAGGUGUCACUGAGGGUCGAGGCGGUCUGGGCUCUAUUUUUGUGUGGGCAUCAGGUAAUGGUGGCCGGGAGAAGGACAGCUGUAACUGUGAUGGAUACACCAACAGCAUCUACACGUUGUCCAUUAGCAGCACGACUCAAUAUGGCAAUGUGCCAUGGUACAGCGAGGCCUGCUCCUCCACACUCGCUACCACCUACAGCAGUGGCAACCUCAACGAAAAACAGAUUGUGACAACCGAUCUAAGGAACAAGUGCACGGACUCACACACUGGCACGUCUGCUUCAGCCCCUCUGGCUGCAGGCAUUAUUGCUCUCGCCCUGGAAGCUAAUAUGAAUUUGACCUGGAGGGACAUGCAACACCUGGUGAUUAGAGCAGCACGUCCCGCCCACCUCAUCACAAACGAUUGGAGGACCAAUGGAGUGGGCCGCUUAGUGAGCCACUCAUAUGGCUAUGGUUUGCUAGAUGCAAGUGCCAUGGUGGCAUUGGCCCAGAACUGGACCAGUGUGGGGCCACAACACAAGUGUGUUAUCGACAUGCUGACUGAACCCAGGGAUGUGAGGAACCAUCUGGUGUUUAGUAAGAGUGUGGAUGCCUGUUUAGGACAGCCUGAAUUUGUGAGCUCACUGGAGCAUGUGCAGGCCAGACUCACACUUUCAUACACACACAGAGGGAACCUGGCCAUCAACCUCUUCAGCCCUCUGGGGACCCGGUCUACACUGCUAGCUCCCAGGCCCCAGGACAACUCACCAGAGGGUUUCAAUGACUGGGCCUUCAUGACCACACAUGCAUGGGAUGAGGACCCACAAGGAGAGUGGACACUGGAAAUAGAGAAUGUGGCUGGGCUUAAUGAUAAUGGUGUUCUUUCACAGUUCACACUAAUCCUAUAUGGAACCGGCUCCAGUGCUGUGGACCCUUCUGCUUCAGAUUUCAGCCGGCCUUCCAACAACAGCUGUAAAACAUUUGAUGCCCAGCAGAUAUGCAUUGAGUGCAGUGCUGGUUUGUGGCUCUUUCUACAAGGCUGUGUGAAGUCCUGUCCUCCAGGUUUCACACCCGGACUGCAGCUCCUCAACCUCUCUCUGGAGAACUGGGUGGAGCAAUCCUCAGUGCAAGCGUGUCUGGUCUGCCACCCUGCAUGUCUGACGUGCUCUGGGCCUGAUGAGGCCGAGUGCCUGUCUUGCCCACCCCAUAGCCACCUAGUGGGCACGUCAUGUCUUCAUCAGAACCAGGUGCAGCGCAAAUCUCCCAUCAGCUCAGUGCUCCACAGUGAAGGAGUGGAGGAAGCAGACUCAGAGACGCCCAAAGUGGAGACAUCCUCACAUCUGCCUGUACUUGUGGCCGUGCUGAGCUGUGCCUUCAUUCUGGCUACAUUUGCAGCUAUUUUUGUGCUACUGCAGCUGCAUUCAGGAGCAGCCAGCACCCCUUUCUGUAGGAGGACCAAACUACAGGUGACAGACUCGAUCAGCAGAGGUGUGCGGGUCGGAUUCGGCUUUGGCUUCGGAUUGGGUCGGGAUUUGACUAACAGCAGGGUGUUGUACCGAGGGAUUCCCACUGUGUGGGGGGACGAGGACAUUGCAAGUGGUCUGAACUUGGAAUCAGAGAAUGAAGAACUGGACUGCCACAAUGAAAAGACAGCUUUUAUACAGACACAGAGUGGUCUCUAACGCUCCCAGUGACCCAUGUCCUGCUUUUCACAUGCCUCAGUCUUCCUCUCCCAGGGCUAGUGAGCUGAUUUAACCAAUUUUUUUCUUUUCAUCUCUCCCACCUUGUGCAUUGUAGUCAGUCCACCAGAUUGGAGUUGAGAAACGAGCCUGCCUCACUUCAGGCCCUGCGAUGUUUGGACUCUUCUAAGAGAGCGCACACACACACACACACACAAAGGCAGACAGCUGUGUGUGUGUUCAGGAGGGAGAUACAGAGCUGUGGCAUGAGUCAUUCUUGUGGUUGGAUUUAAAUCUCUGAUGACUCCCAGCAGGAUAGAUUGGCUCCACUAGUCUGGAAGAUCCCUUUAUUUUAAAUUUAUUUUGAAUCCCUUUAUGUUGCAUUCUCAGUAGUGGUUUGAGUCAUGAGAUUUAAACUGCAAAUUAAGAUCAGUGUGUGUGAGUAUGAAUGCUAAUGUUUUAUUUAGAGCUGAAAAGGGCUGAAUUUACUCCAGUUGGCCUUUUAUUAUCAGUAUCUAGACUGAAUUUAUGCACAAGAAUUUUUGAUUAGCCAGUGACCACUGCAUAAAGCCCACACAUACACAGUUUUAUCAUCAAUGCAUUAUAUGCCAAAACUUGCUAAUUAGUCUCUCUCGUUCUCUUUGUGUCAGUAAGUUUGUUACAUUCCAAUAUUUGUGAUGGCUAUUGCUUAAAGUGAUCUCAAUAAGAAUUCAGAUUAUUCCAGAAGGUUGCUUGGAUCAUUCUGAAAACAAUAGAGGUAGAUAGGAGACACAUUUGAGAAUAACAGACUCAAAGAGAGUCUGAGUAAGCCCUUAAGCAAUAUGCAAGAAUCCCAACCCAAAGGGAGAGCCAAAUAUUGUUGUAAUGUUGUCCAUGCACUAGCCGGUCUGCUGCAAGUCUUCAGUUUACCAAAUGGAAGUGUGCUGAACAUUCAAAUUCAGCAUCCAUUAUAAUGAAGCUGGUUGAAUUAAGCUGUAGUUUGGAUAAUGCUGUAGAAAUUAUUAUAAGAGGAAAACUUGGAUGUGCAUGUAGUUCCAGCCUUUAUUUGGGCUUCACCAACACAAACCAAACACAGUGAAAUGGAAAGCUAAUGAUUAACAAAAGCAGUAGAUUGUAUAUGCACUGAAACACCAUGGGAAAACAGAGGCAUGGGUCAGUUUUCACAUAGUUUCACAAAUAUUUUCAUGUAGAUCAACUGUCUGAGAAAUAAGUUCUAGCAUUGUCCAAUUUAAGGUAUCCAUACAGUGGUAGGAUUUAAUUAAAUUAAAAUGUCAUCAUCCAUUAUAUGCCUAUAUUUAUCAAGUUUGGCCGGUUCCAGUCCUAGGGUCCAGCACAGUUUCCUGCUCAUAGACACCCGAUUUAAAUUCAGUAAUUAAUUGCCAAGUUUAGUAGAAAUGUGAGAGAGAUCACCAAACUGUGCUGAAUUCUAGACUGUGCUAUAGCACUGCUGGUGCUAUAUCAGCAUUUCACAACUCCUAAAGAUCCAAUCCCUGGCCCUUUCGAGUUGAAUAAUCUGGAUAAACACACCUAACAUGACUCCUCAGCUAACUGUUAGGCCAGUCAUGAGUUAGGUCAAGUAUGUUGAGUGUUAGUUAACCUUAAUACCAUGCAGGGCAGAACAACUUUGAUCUAGAUCAACCUAAGCAAGAAACUUGCUAUGGAUAAAUUGGCUUGGAACGUCUGGGAGUUGAAAUAACCUUGUAUAAUGAGUUUUCUCUUUUCUCAUGCACUGGGCAGAGUAAUUUUCUUUGCCCCAAAGGAAGUUUUAUUGAUUUUGAGGUUUGAUGCACUGAAAGCUGUCAGAACCAGUGUGGUAAGGGGCUCAAGAGAGUGUUUGGCAUUUGUUAUGAACAAAGAUCAAUGUAAGCUCUGUGAUUGGCUCUCUGUGUUCCAAGCUUUGGAUUUUGUUAUAGUGUAUUUGCAGUAAACAAUAUGAACCCCCAUGGUGGAAAUGCCACUCAUGUUCAGCACUAGUAAUUCUUCGGUUUCAGAAAUAAUAGGUAUGAAGAGCAAUGAGUUCCAUCCUUCAAUCACGUGUUCAUAAUUUAAAAGAUGUUGGUUAUCUUAUUAAAUUAAUUUUAAUUAAAUUCCCUCUGGUCACUCUG